CCUUCCUGUUAAGAUGGUGGCCCCCAUCGUCUUCAUGUGGUUUUGAGAAGAGCGAGCCUCUCUAGGAUCCAAACUGGGUGCUUUUUAAAGGCAUGAUUCCAUCAUGAGCAACUUUUCUCAGCUACAGAAGAACAAAGGCUUAACAUUUGCAGAGAAACAGUUGAAGAAGCAUGGCUGGGAAAAAGGUAAAGGACUGGGCAAACAAGAGAAUGGGAUCUCUGAGGCCAUCAAAGUCAAAGUGAAGUGUGACAGUGCUGGGGUGGGUCACAAUUCAGCUGAGCAGUUCACCUUCCACUGGUGGGAUCACCUCUUCAAUUCGUCUGCUGCUAAUAUCGCUGUGGAGACUGGACAGGAUGGUGUCAAAGUGAAACGGGUUUCCGAGCAGGAUGGAGUGGUCACAAAUAAAAAGCCCCGUAAAGCAACAGGGUCCAAGGACAUGCUGUAUGGCCGGUUUGUGAAGGCAGCCACGUUGACGUCCGGUGGAGAGGAGCCCCUGAAGCCGCUUUCCUCUUCCGACAGCAGCGAAGAGGACCAGGAGGAGAAACUGGACUUGUCCACAGCCAGGAGGCUCACGGAUGAAGAGCUGGUUGAAGCUUGCGGGGGACGUACGGCGCACAAAGGGGCUCGCCAUGGCUUGACCAUGAGUGCGAAGUUAGCUCGCCUGGAGGAGCAGGAGGCGGCUUUCUUGGCCAGCUACAAGAGGCAGGAUGGAGCGGCCCAGGUUGCCUUGAGCAGCAGCAGCAGCCAGAAUCCGACCAAGAGGAAGAAGCGGAAGCAAGCCAGAGAGAGAGACUUGGAGGAGGUGGUUUGUGAGAAUGAGAGAGGGCGGGUUGCGGGAGAAGAGGAGCCUUUGGUAGAUCACGAGGCGGAGAAGAAAGCCAAGAGGAGGAGGAAGAAAGAGAAAAGGAGGCGGCGGCGGCGGCAGGGGGGCGAAGGGGAUGGAGAGUGACCCGACUUAAGAAACUUCCAGGCCCAAAAGACAGUGGGACUGAAACUGCCGCUAGGGAAGCAGAAGUCUCACAACGCAAAAGGAGUGGGUAUUUGUGGUGGGAACGAAGCAGUACUGUGUUUUGUCAUGAUUCCUGGUGGAUCUCAUGUUCUGUUGCACAAACUCUGUGCAAAAAAUGUGAGUAGAUGUGCUCCAUUGUGGGGAGAAGGUUCCCCCCCACCACCACCACGCCAAUUAAAAAAAUUAUUUUAAACUUGGAAGGUGGAAGGAAGAUCAUCAAGAGGUUUCUGCAAGAGCAGGAAAAAUUAAGAUGGAUAACUGAUUGCAGAAUAAAUGGAUACGAGA